AUGACUCAAUUACGACAAAUGAAAAUUCCAUUUACAAAUGAAGAAAAAAUUUUAAUUCAACGUUUUUACCUUCAAUUUGGUUCGAAAAGUUCAGGUAAAAUAGCCCGUGAAAUGACAAACAAUCCACAGGUUCCGGCAGCAAUUCAACAGAUAGCUGCCGUGGUAAAGCUCGCUCAACACAUGCCACUAACGGAUCCAACUCAAUAUUUUCCUCAUCAACAGCAAAAGACACCAACGUCGCAACAACAACCACCACAAAGGCAAGCUACGCAACAAGUUAGUCGAUUCCAUCAAGCAAAGGAUCAAAAUGAUGAUGAAAAUUGGGUAGAUGAAGAAGAAGCAAUCGAUAUUAAUGAAGAUGAUAGAGUUUUCCAUGAGACACCGUCACUAUCUGAUCCAAUCCAACGACUUAAUUCCUUAACAGUGGUGGCACCAGCAGCACUACCAGCUCCUACUCAACAACAACUAGGUACGGACGAUGAUAAUCAAUCUCCGAUAUUUCAAGGACUUGGUCAAAGAUUGAGGUCACCAACACCACGCGAUAUACCUCUAAUACCAACAGCUCUUUCGUCACAUCGAAACAGUGUUUUUAGUCUACCCGAAUCAUUUAUGCCAACACCUCAACGACGAACAACGCCACCAACUAACACACAACUCAUAUCUCAACCACCACCACUGACAAGUCAAACGAGAACCAAAACAACAAGAGAACGGAGACAACAACGUCGACACUCUGCUGUUACUCCACCACCCCAAGAUGAGACAGAUCGUGAAGAUGAAGAAAAUCAAUCACCCUCACCACGCCGAACAUUAAGUACAUAUUUAAUUGAAGCCGCAAUAGCCAACAGAGAUGCUGCUGUAAAAUAG